AUGGCUGCUCUGCCGACAUCUGCAGAGAUGAUCGGGCUCGACCUGUCCGGCGUUGCCCGUGCCACUGGCGGCGGCAUGCGUUGCGCCAGCAGCGUGUGCAGGGCCCGUGCUUGUGGGCGACGAUGCAAAGGUUUACGUCUAUUCCUAACGGGCUGGGAGUCGCCGGGUAUCUCCGUGGGCAAGCAUCGAGCCGGCGGCGCGCAAUCUGAGAAAGCGUCUGCGUCGUCCGUCCGCUAUUCGGGGCGCUCCAGAAGGGGUCUCGGCUGCGGCGCGCUCCUGCAGCUGGCGGAGUGCAACGGGCUUAAAUUGGCGUCUCUGGUCCUCUCCAAGGUCGCCCUUCACCGCGCUGGGCGUCACCUCAAGCUCCCUUUCGUCCUGGACCUGCCCCUCGUGCCCACCUGCAGCGAUGCCGCUGGACCGCGGUGCCAGGUCGUGCUGUCGUCCACUUGGCGCAUGCCCAGGCACACGCGCCGCGCGCGGCAGGUGGAGGCCGCCCUCUCGCGGCACCUGGGCAGGUAUUUCACCUUCGACGCGCGCACGGCGAUCCGGGACGACAGCACGCCCGAGCUCCGCCUGCAGUGCAUCGGCGACUUCGCCGCGGAGCAUUGCAAGAAGGCCCCGUGGCUCAAGAAGCUGCGCCUGCUCGUGCUCGAGGACUUCCACACCACCCCCUUCGGAGCCUGGCGCUGCGGCGGGCAACAGAUGGGCUCCGCGGGCGCCGUCGAGCGGCACCUGCGCUCCCGCGUGCCGGCCUGCGUCGACGCCUCGGCGCGCCUCGUCCACACGUACGACGAGUGGACCACGGACGGCGGCCUCUUCGUGCAGCUGGGCUGCGGGCUGACCCGGGUGCACUUCGACCGGGCCCUGGACUUCCUCGGGGCCCUCGGCGACUCGGGCAAGGCCGGCGUCCCCAGGGUGCCCGUGGCAGCGAAGAAGGACGGCGUCGAGGUGGCCGAUGCAGACACGCACCCCGCCACUCGCAAGGCCCAGCCGCCGCGCGAGAGCCCCGACUGGGCGAAGAUGUCGGACGCCCUGGCGCAGGCGUUCCUCCGCAGCGGCAUCGCGUGCGUCGGCUGA